CUCUUGCUAUUUAUGUUGUAAGAUUGAGUUCAUAAAGUUUCAUGUUGCUAUGAUCUGACUGUGUUCAUUGUGCUUUUGUUGAGUUGUAAUGCAGGGUGAUGAAAUUGUAUAUGAAGCUACAGUGAAUGAAGCUAGUAGUCCACUGUUCAAUAAGAAAGUCGUGCUUCGGCGACUGGUUAGCAAUCAGGCGCAACGUAGGGGAAGAAGGGCAAUAGAGGUAUUGAAAAGACUGGCUCACCGUAGAGUAAUGUACCAUUCUUACUCGGUUCAAGUUCAUGGCUAUAUAUGUUCAUCCACAAAUGAUGACAGUGGUUCAUUUACUCUAGUACAUGGUUAUCAUGGCAAUUGUUCUUUGAGACAUUUGCUUCAACAAGCAGAUUUGUACCAACUCUAG